UAGAGAAUAAGGAAGAAUGGGGUAAUAGAGUGAAGCAAAGGAGAGAAAUAAUGAGAGGGUGACAUUUUGUGGGGCACUUGGAGAACAAAACAUAAGGACGAAAGUAGCGAAUUGUGUCAAACCAUAGGGACGAUUCAUGUAAGUUAUAAUCGUUUUUCAUCUUUCCCGCCACAUCGAGUAUGGUAUGCCCCCAGGGGUUUUUUCACACUCAAACAUCACAGAUCAUUCUUUCUCGACAAUCCACUUACGCCAGCAGCUGAAACAUUGAAAUUCCAGAUGUCAAAGAAAAGAGGGUUGUCAUUGGAAGAGAAGCGGGAGAAGAUGCUUCAAAUCUUUUAUGACUCUCAAGAUUUUUACCUCCUAAAGGAACUUGAAAAGCUGGGCCCCAGAAAAGGCGUUAUAAGUCAAUCUGUCAAAGAUGUUGUCCAAACACUAGUGGAUGAUGACUUGGUGUCAAAAGACAAGAUUGGAACCUCAGUAUACUUUUGGAGUCUUCCUAGCUGUGCUGGAAACCAGCUAAGAAAUGUGUCCAAGAAACUUGAGUCAGAGCUUGAAAUCAGCAAGAAGCGUCAUGUAGAGCUUGUGGAGCAAUGUGACUCUUUAAAGAAAGGCAGGGAGGAUUCAGAAGCACGUGAAGAGGCUUUGAGUGAGCUCAAAGCCAUUGAACAAAAGUAUAACAAUCUGAAAGAAGAAAUGGGACAAUAUGCAGACAAUGAUCCUGCAACAUUUGAAGCAAUGAAGGAAGCGAUUAAAGUUGCCCAUGAAGCAGCUAACAGAUGGACAGAUAAUAUUUUUACAUUGCGCCAGUGGUGCUCAAAAAAUUUCCCUCAGGCCAAAGAACAACUUGACCAUUUGUACAAUGAGGUAGGGAUAACAGAUGAUUUUGACUACUUGGAGUUCCCAGUAUUGACACCUGUCAAGCAAGUUGAGGAGUAAAAUAUUAUCAUGAGAUAAUUUUGGUGCUUCAGGAGAUCGUGGCAAGGCGAAGGCGUGAUCGUACCGCUCCUCAUGUUUAUUCUUUAUGUGAUAUGAUUUUGGGGAAAAUACUCUGAUGUUUAAACUAUUUUGAAAACAAGAUGUAUGAUCGUAACUGUUUUUGCAUGAAUUAAAAUGUUUUAAUUUGGUUGAAA